AUGGCAUCGAAACCCCCCGAAGUCAGUGCUGCAGACAAACAGUGGCUCACUUUCCGACAAAAGCACGAAGCUGAACUUAAGGGCUUCCAACGGUACGCGACGGAGUCUUUUGCCAAGUUUCAGGACAACGUCAACAAGGAGCGAGCAAUUAUUCUCGCAAAACACCAGAAAGAAGAGGAAAAGUUCUGGAGCAAGGCAAAGGCGGCAGCUAAUAGGGAGAAGGAAAAGGUUGGUAACACGGCUAUCAGGCCUAAGACGGGUGUGCAGAGUCAAGCAAAUCGUCGGGUAGCUGCUGCACCACCGAGAGCUGCUCCCACCAUCAAGAAGACGCCGGCGCCGAGGCCCAAAGCACCAUCCAUAUCCAAGCCAGCGAGCAACACAGCCACACCGGUAGCAGGACUCAGGAAUAAGAAGGCCGCUGUCACGUUCAUUGAUCUUUGUUCUGACGAGGAUGACGAUGAACCGGUCUUACUCAAGGAGAAACCUGCUUUACAGAUAGUCGGGCAAAAGCCGAUCGCGAAAGACCCUCCCGGCUUGUCUGGCAAGAUCGGAAAUGCGAAUACUGGCCUCGUAUCCACUCAAGAGAGCCCUCGCACCCCAACCGCAGAGCCACUUACUCCUACAACUCCUAAGACUCCCAGCUUCAGAAGGCCAUUCCUCCCAGCCAGUGCCACCAAAGACAGUAUUGCGGUUGCUAGGGGUGUUCGAGCUGGUUCCCAGGUUUCUACUUCUACGCCUACUAAUCGCGCCUCGAGUGUUUCGCAAAGUCAACGCGAUGCGUCAGUCGUAUCGCAUACUUCUUUUUCCUCGCGUUCAGGCAGAGGCAAGCGGAAGGUGGUGGAUCUCAGCAGCGAUGAGGAGAGUGACUAUGCCCCGCCGUCUGAUGAUGAGGAGCCUAGUUCCCCUGUCAUGAUGGACGAUGCUCCUGAGCCUGUAAAGAAGCAGACAUCUAGGCCGGCGACCAAGAAGGCUAAACUUCCUCCAUCACUACCACCAGCUCUUGCCUCAAAAGGUGUGUAUAAUAAGGGAAAGAAUGGCUUUGGCUUCACGAGCUUGCAGAAAUCGAAACCCAAGGUCAACAGCCAGACUGAUGCGGCAUCACCGACUACCCCACCGCGUGUGCCCACCAGAAAGCCUCAGCCGACGACACCAUCUACACCGACACCUGCGUCUCAGAAGUCCAAAAUCGUUACGUUAAAGACUCAAGGAGCAACGGUAUCGCGCUCACCUCGAAAGGCCAAACUUGACGCGUCUGCAGAGAUCACCCAACUUAGCGAAGCCGAAUUAGAAACUCGGACCAGCAUUGCUAUCGAUGAAGCGAACCAGCGCGAGAGAGCAACAGCUGAAGCUGGGAUUUUCGAGCAAGUCAGAGGUGGCAUGCGGGCUAUGUCCAUCACUCCCGCACCUAGCACCGCUGGCAACGCUGCAGAGGACGUAGAAAUGCUGGCCGACGUUUCAGACUCUGAGAUCACAUCCCCAAAACACAGCGCUGGAUUGAGUUCAUGGACAGAUUCUCGCUUUAAUGGCGACAGGUAUCUUGCCAAGUCUCGCGCUGCUCGGCCCAUAGUGGAAGACGACGAGGACAACGACUACGAUGACCCGGACAUCAGUAAGUACAGCGUCAUCGACGGCGUUAUUGUGCAUGAGGCGGAUCGAGAGAGACUGAGACUGACGCAAGAGCAGGAAAGGCUUACGAGAUCAAGAGGGACAGACUGUGGCAGUCGCGCACGUGCAGUGACCGCAGUUGAGAUGCCGGAGCAUGCUCAGGGUAUGGCCGGGCAGAGUGGGAGGCGCGCAAGAAAGACGAUGAGGUGA